GUGUUUUCAGAAACAGUGGCUGAAGUCACCAUCUGCUUCCAAUUACACUAUGACAAUCUGUAGGACGGCAUCCAAGAUGCAGCGCUGUGCACUACUACAGUAGAGGAGCUGGACGGAAAAGGAGGCACGACUUGGAUCUGACUUCUUGCUGUGGUUAAGCUGAGUCACUCUCGCCAGCAGAGCCAUGGAGCCAAGGCUUGGAAACCUUCACUUUUCCAUUACUCUGUGGAUUUUUCUUCUGUUAUUGAGCGACUAACAGCUGCUUCCAGUUUUAGGUUUGGAACUUUAGUUCUCCGGUAAGACAUGCAGGAGCUGUUGUAGCGGUGAAAGGAUAAAUCUAUUUCUUUUCAUCAAACUGGAGCGAAAACAGGUCGGACUUGACUGGUGAUAUGGCUUUAUUGACUUUAACAUUUCUUGCAUGAUCCUGGAAACAGUUUUGCAAAUUAGUGCAUGCCAUACAGAUGCCUGAGCACCAACUACGCCUUCUUAGACUGCAUUUUUCUGAUGUAAGACAGCAUAAGAUGUUGCAGCCAAAUCUAAAGUCUAAAUUGUAGUCAAGAUGUUGACGUUGUUGGAAAAGCAUUUCAAGAACUUCCCUCCAUUCUGGAUGACAUCAGCAAUUUCUUUAUGAGCAACUUGUGAGCCAUGGAGAAACGAAAAGCCAUCCUAAAAUUUUUCAGGAACCUCUCAGAGGAAGAGAAUGAGGACAUAAUGCCAGGAGACACAGAGCUGAGUGUUAAUGUAAAGAGAAAUGGGGACAUGAGUUUUGAAGAAGCUCUGAAAAACAGCAGAGACUCCUUAUCGUAUGCAAUACUGUCUCUUGAAGAGGAGAGGACGACCUCUAACUCAGUGGGACAUAUAAUUAGACGAGAGGCAGGAAAUGACUCAAACAUGACAGAGGAGGAGAGGAAUAAUGUCAACCUAACAGAGCAGCAAAGCGUGGCUGUAGACGCUGAGAAUGGCUCAGAGAAAGAGACCUUCGCAACAAAUCAAAAGCAGAAUAAGAUGCCAAACGACUGCAGCAAAGAGGGCUGUCACAUAUUACAGAACUCGCUGGAUGAAUGGGCCUCGAACGAAUCAGUGCAACCAGAAUGUCAACACAUUUCAAACGACUGCACAAAUACAGGUUGUGAUUGUGUUGCACAAGUCAGUGUUGAGCAGGAUGACACUGAGGAAGAUAAUCAGAGAGAAAGAGAAGAAAAUAUUUACAGCCAGGAAUCUAUGAAAAGUACACCAUCUAAAAUUAAACAUGUGGUGAUAACGGUGACUCGGACAAGACCUGCAGUUGAGGAUGAACCAACUCCAACACUGGAGACAGUUGGCCCUUCCUGCUUAAAAAAUGAGGAGAAAGGUGCAGAAGAGGACAGCGAUGAAGAAGAAGAGAAACAAGAUGUGUUUCCAGUCUCUACCACCCAAACACACCAUCCUCCCAGCCCAAAAGACACUAAUAUUAUCAUAACAUCUGCGGCCAAUAACCCACCUCCUGGAUCCACCUUCACCCGAGCUACCUUCUCCCCAGGCUCCCCCACUGACAAGCAGAUCCAGCUCCCAGCCCUCUUCAGUGGCCUGAGGGUCCUGAGGAAAGGGGUGGUCGGGCCCGAGCACGACACCGUGGCUCAGAUCAAACCUUCUCAAGGAGCGAAGAGGGAGAUCUUCCCUGAGAGGCAGGGGGAUGCGAAAGUUCAGGGGAGCUUCCUGGACCAGAUCUCCCAGUUCCUGAACCGGGAAAAGAAAGGAGAUGAGAAAGAGGAGCCGAAGGAGGCUGAGGAAGACAAGGAUGAGAAUGAAAAGGAUGUGACUGAAGAGAGUCAAGAGGAUGAGAGGAAAGAACCUGAAACAGAGGAGGAUGCAGAGGUUUUAUCUGAGUCGACAAAACCGUCUGUGUCGAGCGCAGAGGCAGCGUUCGAUGCCUUCAAAGCCUUUUUCACCCCAAAGCCUUUGAAGAGGGACCCAGCAGAGAAGGUGGACCUGGAGGCAGUGAGGAAGAAGAUAAGAGCAGAUAAAGAUGUGCUCAAAGCACUUUUUGAAAGAACCUCCAAUAAGACACCAGAGAAGAAAGACUCAUCUGAUGGAAAAUCAGAAGCAUCCACCCCAGGAGAGGGAGAGGAAAGAACUCCUGGUCGCCUACAGGCCGUCUGGCCGCCACUUAAAGAGGAGAAGGUUGGACUGAAGUAUACAGAAGCAGAGCACCAGGCUGCUCUGCUGCAGCUGAAGAGAGAAUGUAAAGAGGAGCUGGAGAAGUUACAGGAGGACUUUGGUCAGGAGCUGUCCAGACUGAGGGUGAAGAAUGAGGAAAAAGUCGCCCAUCUAGAGUUCACUCUGGCCGAGCUGCAGGCCGAACUCUCCCAGGUUGGAAACCGCCCUCAUGGGGAACUCAAAGAUGUCGCUGUAUCAACUGCAGACGACUUUCUACAAAAAUCUUUCCGCACAGUCUGCAUCCAGACAGACCGGGAGACGUUUGUCAAGACUCCUGAGGAUGGAGAAGGUACGGGAAGAGCCUGCACCAGCCCUCAGCAGCAGAAGGUGACCCCCAAAAAGCUGGACCUGGCCUCUAUCAGCCAAAGCCUGGCCACACAGAGGGACGAUACUUCCUCCUCAUCACAUGGCCACCCAUCCCAAACUCUUCCUCCACCUGGAGCCACACUGCCUCCAUCAGAGCAAGCACCUGCUCCCUCUCAGACAACCAAAACAGACAACCUGCCUCCUCCUCCACCUCCUCCUCCGCUCCCACCAUGUUUGUCUUCGUCCAUAAACCACAUGCAGCCAUCAAAUGGCCCUCCACCACCACCUCCACCGCCGCCACCACCUCCUCCUCCAUUUACACCAGGCUUGGCUCCCCCACCACCUCCUCCUCCAGUUGGGGGUUUCUUUAUUGAAACACCUCAUAGGAAACCAAUCGUGGAGCCUUCCCGACCCAUGAAGCCUCUUUACUGGACCAGAAUCCAGAUCCAGGAAAACAAGAACAACACACUGUGGAACAUUUUAGAGGAACCAGAUAUAAUUAACACCAGUGAGUUUGAGGAUCUGUUCGCCAAAACCAUCACACACACCAAGAGGAAGCCGCUGUCAGAGGCUUAUGUGAAGAAAGCCAAGACCAGGAAGAUCAUUAAGCUGCUGGAUGGGAAGCGCUCUCAGGCCGUAGGCAUCCUCAUAUCCAGCCUCCACCUGGAGAUGAAGGACAUACAACAAGCUGUCCUGGCAGUGGAUCACUCUGUGGUGGACUUGGAGACCAUUGAAGCCCUGUAUGAAAAUAGAGCGCAGCCAGAGGAACUGGAGAGAAUCAAGAAACACUACGAGACGUCAGAGGAAGAGGACGUCAAACUGCUGGACAAACCCGAACAGUUCCUGUAUGAGCUGUCUCAGAUCCCAGACUUUGCAGGCAGAGCUCACUGCAUCAUCUUCCAGGCGACCUUCACCGAUGGAAUCGCGUCCAUCCAACGCAAGCUCAAUACUGUUUCAUCUGUGUGUAAGGCUCUGCUGGAGAACGAAGGUGUGAGGGAUGUGAUGGGACUGGUGUUGGCUCUGGGGAACCACAUGAACGGAGGCAACAGGACUAGAGGUCAGGCCGACGGCUUCAGCUUGGAGAUUCUACCCAAACUGAAGGAUGUGAAGAGCAGAGACAAUCGUAUCAGCCUGGUGGACUACGUGGUGUCGUACUACCUGCACAAUGUGGAUAAGAACGCCGGCACAGACAAGAGCAUCUUCCCACUUCCUGAACCUCAGGACGUCUUCCUGGCAGCACAGGUCAAGUUUGAUGACCUCAACAGAGACCUGAGACAGCUCGGACGAGAUCUGACAAGAUGUGAGAAAGAUGUACAAAAUGUUUGCUCCGAUUCUCCUGAAGAAAACCUGCAGCCAUUUAAGGACAGGAUGGAGGCUUUUGUUCUUACUGCACGAAAAGAACAUGCAGAAGCUUCCUAUCAGUUGAUGACUGUACAGAAAAGUUUUCAGGACUUGGUUCUCUACUUUGGACUGAAGCCCAAGAUGGGAGAGAAGGAUGUGACCACCAGUUAUCUCUUCAUGCUCUGGUUUGAGUUUUGUGCCGACUUCAAGGCCAGGUGGAAGAGGGAGAACAAGACCAUCUCCAAAGAGAGAUUAAAAGAGGCUCAGCAGUCAGUGAAGAGGAUCACAUCAGAGAAGAAGGUGGAGACCAGAAAGAUCAACCCCAACAGUCUGAAAGAGAGACUGCGUCAGAAAGAAGCAAGCAUGUCUUCAGCAUAAGAGAUUUAUAGGUGGCUGAUACACCGGGAUCAUUACAUCUUCACAACCAUCCUCACUAUGUCUAUCCAAGUGGCUGCGGACUAUGACACGAAAACCAUUAUAAAUAAUAAAAAUUGUUGUUACUUUUACCAGACAAUAAAGAAAUCUUUUUCAUCAUUCACUGACAGUUCUGUCAUAUAAUCUGCUACCUACAACUGUACUUUAAAGAUUUAAAAAAGACAUAAUAAAUGUGCAAUAUUUAGAAUAUAAUAUUAAAAGCGUACACACUGUAUUUAUAUUCUUGUACUGAACUUUCUACGCAAAUUAUUUGCAUUGAUUUUGACGUCUUUAAUCCUCCUAGAAAAUUU